UCUGGGCUGCUGUAACGUGAUCUGCUCCGACAAGACGGGAACUCUGACCAAGAACGAGAUGACCGUCACUCAGCUGUUCACGUCGGACGGACUCCACGCUGAGGUGACGGGCGUCGGCUACAACGGAGCGGGGGAGGUGUUGCUGGACGGGGAGGUCGUCCACGGCUUCUCCUGUCCCUCAAUCAGCAAGAUCGUGGAGGUCGGCUGUGUGUGUAACGACUCCGUCAUCAGGAACCACACUCUGCUGGGACGACCGACGGAGGGAGCGCUGAUCGCCCUCGCCAUAAAGAUGGGGCUGGAGAGCCUGCAGCAGGAGUACGUCCGUCUGGAGGAGCACCCCUUCAGCUCGGAGCAGAAGUGGAUGGCGGUCCGCUGUGUCCACCGCACCCUGCAGGAUAAGCUGGGAGUUUUCUUUAUGAAGGGGGCGUACGAGCAGGUGAUCCGCUUCUGCAGCUCGUAUAACAGCCGAGGAUCCACGCUGUCUCUGAACCAGCAGCAGAGGGAGCUGUACCAGCAGCAGAUCAGCUACAUGGGCUCAGCUGGGCUCAGAGUCCUGGCGUUUGCGUCCGGUUCCGAGAUGGGGAACCUGACCUUCCUGGGUCUGGUGGGCAUCAUCGACCCCCCGAGGUCCGGGGUCAAAGAAGCCGUGGGCGCGCUCAUCAGCUCCGGAGUCGCCAUCAAGAUGAUCACUGGAGACUCCAAGGAGACCGCCGUGUCCAUAGGUCAGAGGGGGGGGGGAUGGGCUUUCGGGGAUAAACCAUCACACAGACUCAGCUUUAUCUAG